CGCUCCUCUCUGGAUGUUGUGGACGAGCUGGUGGACAGCUGACCGCUUCUAGCUGUCAACAGCAGAGCUGUGGAGGUGUUCUCAGCUGCCGGCUCUACCUCGGAACUUAUCCACUGACAUCUGGCAACUUUCUUUUUUUUUUGUUUUUUUUUUGUAUGGAGCAGUCGGGAUCGUGCUAAACACUUUUAUUUUGUGCUGAUUCAUGCUUGAAUACCAAAGGCUGGAGGUUUGAUCCUUGUCAAUGUAUAUAGCACUUACCUCAACUCCACCAGAAAUGAAUGCCAACAGUAUGCCUAAACAAGUGGAGGUGAGGAUGCACGAGAGCCACCUGGAGCCCAUUGAGGCCAGGCCUCAGUCCAAAUGUGCCCAAAUCUGGUCCAAAAUGUUUAAGAACCUUCUGCUCACACUCACCAUACUCGGUGUGAUCUUGGGGGCAGUAGCAGGGAUGUUGCUUCGUGUUGCCUCCCCAAUACAUCCCGACAUUGUCAUGGUGAUUGCAUUUCCUGGAGAUAUCCUGAUGAGGAUGCUGAAGAUGUUGAUCCUGCCGCUUAUCAUCUCCAGUUUAAUCACAGGUCUGGCUGGAUUAGACGCCAAAUCUAGCGGUCGCCUGGGCACCAGAGCAAUGAUCUACUACAUGACCACCACCAUUAUUGCUGCUAUCCUGGGAGUCAUCUUGGUGUUAGUCAUCCACCCCGGCAACCCCAAACUGAAGGAGAAUCUGGGCGAGGGCGAGAAAAAUGAUGAUGUGUCCAGCUUGGAUGCUGCCUUUGAUCUGAUCAGGAACCUGUUCCCAGAAAACCUGGUGCAGGCUUGUUUCCAACAGAUCCAGACGGUCACGAAGAAGGUGGAGGUGGUCGUCACUGAGUCGAUCAAUGCUACUACUGUGGAUGGACUGGUGGCAAACAUCACCAAGGAGCCUCAGUUCCUCGUCAAAAAGUCCCUGCAGUUCAAAAGUGGCAUGAAUGUCCUGGGUCUGAUUGGUUUCUUUAUUGCAUUUGGCAUCUGCAUGGGCAAGAUGGGAGAGAGGGCCAGACUCAUGCUUGAAUUCUUCAACAUCCUCAAUGAGAUUGUGAUGAAAAUUGUCAUCAUGAUUAUGUGGUACUCUCCCUUUGGUAUUGCCUGUCUGAUCUGUGGUAAGAUCAUUUCCAUCAAGGAUCUGGAGGUAGUUGGCAGGCAGUUGGGCAUGUACAUGGUGACUGUAAUUAUUGGCCUCAUCAUUCAUGGAGUGAUCUUCCUGCCCAGCAUCUACUUUGUUAUCGUCAGGAAAAACCCCUUCACCUUCUUCCUGGGAAUCUUCCAGGCCUGGAUCACUGCGCUGGGUACAGCCUCCAGUGCUGGUACACUGCCUGUUACCUUCCGUUGUCUGGAGGAAAACCUGGGCAUUGACAAAAGAGUCACUCGUUUCGUGCUCCCUGUCGGUGCCACCAUCAACAUGGAUGGGACUGCUCUGUAUGAGGCUGUGGCUGCCAUCUUCAUUGCCCAAAUGAAUGGCAUCCACCUUGACAUGGGUCAGAUUGUCACUGUCAGUCUUACAGCCACUCUGGCCAGUGUAGGAGCAGCCAGUAUUCCCAGUGCUGGCCUGGUGACCAUGCUGUUGAUCCUGACUGCUGUAGGCCUGCCAACGCAAGACAUCAGUCUGCUGGUCGCUGUCGACUGGCUACUGGAUCGAUUCAGGACCUCGGUGAACGUGGUGGGUGACUCCUACGGUGCAGGCAUCGUGUACCACUUGUCCAAGGCAGAGCUUGAGGAGCUGGACGCGCAAGCGGCCAAGUCCGACGACAUUGAAAUGAUGACAAAGAACCAGUCUUACUACGAUGACAUGAAGAACCACCACGAAAACAAUUCCAACCAGUGCGUCUUAACCGAAUCCGCUUCCGCAACUGCAACCGCUAGCACUACCGCUAACAAUUCUGUCGUAGUAGAUGAAUGCAAGGUAACCUCGGCCACUAACGGCUCUGCUGCGGAGUGUGCGAUUGUUGAGGAGGAACCAUGGAAACAUGAAUAAUGGCAGCACAGAGAUCCCCUGCUCCUGGGCUCCACAAGCUUUCCUACCUGGUGAUGAAAAAAAAAAAAAGAGCGAAUGAAAAAAAGUCACAUGAACAGAACUACUAAUUUUUUUAUGUAGUUUAGUUUUCUUUUUUUAUUAGUCCCUUUAAAGGUUUUUGUAACUGUCUAUCUGACUGAUAUAUAAUACUUAUUCACUUAACCGUGGAAUUAUAACAAAGGUAUACUUUGCCUGUUAGAGCACAACUAUAUCCUUUAUAGCAGAUACUUGCACAACAUUCUUCAAGGCUUGGGAAGGGUUAGAAGAGGAACAAAAAAAUAUAUAGAUGGAUAAGCUUUUCUCAGCAAUACAUCCUAUUGUUAAAGUAUAAGAAGAAUUAGUGGCUGUAUUAGAUGGGAUGCCUUGAAAUUAUCGUCCAGUAUUCAUUCAAGUGAUUCAUUGUCGCAAUGCCAGAGGAUGAGAGUUGAUUUGACAGUUAGAGCAUUAAUAAUGACACUCUUUACUGAACUUUGUCGGUGGGUCAGAUUCAACCUGAGAGCCACUGCGUUUUCAUUUUCAACACUAGUCUCGUCGCUUAACUGUCAGAGCUGCUCAAGUCCAUCUGAUGGCAUGUGUGUUUCGGCCCAGUAUCACUGACAACUCCUGAGGGCAGGAGCUACAUUAUCAGACAUGAAAAACCAUGCGCAGGCUCGGAUUUUACUUAUACAAGCACAGACACUAUAUGGAAUUACAAAGCACAAAUAACAUGGAGCACAUGUUUUUUUUAAACCCCAAUUUUUGACUACUGCAAACAAAAGGGACUUUUUUUAUUUAAGUCACCCGAUGAGUGAGAUACAAGCUGUGUGUGUACAUGUGUGCGUGCGUGCGUGUGUGUGUGUGUGUGGUAGAGAGACAUGACCAAGUCAAAUAUAGGGACCAAACAGGCAGAGAAUCAAUCAACUCACAGGGGCCUUUGAACUGCCUCCAUGACGCAACACAUCCAUUCCAUUUUCCUUAUGUUAACGUCCAUGUAAAACCAGCUGACACAGCAGCUGACGUAUUCGCUCUGUAUGGCGAAAGCCUCAAAAUUGAAAGCACAGGAAAGCACUGCCCUAAAUAUUGAAGUUAACGCAGCACAUUAUCGUUUUGCAAAAAAAAAAAAACCCUUGUGAUGCCAGUGAAAUUAAACUUAAAUUAGCAUCUGCGGGAUUAUCACACAAUAAUAAAUAACUGACAUAUCUGAAUAAAACCAAGCACAAAAAAAUUAUUUUGUAUAAAGCACAAAAAGUGGUGGAGCACAAAUGAAGCCAAACUGCCAAUACGGACGAUUAGACGACAUUGAUGGUGAUUAAAGUCAUGCACAUAAUUGUUCCAUGUCAACCCAACAAGAUCAUUUUAAAACCACAAUAAGGGAGAAAGCAAAAUAUACUCAGGCUUGUAGGUUAAUCGUUUACAGGGAAUUUGGGUCGUAAUCCUAAAAUGUUUACUUGCUCGCUACUUGAGCUUUUCACCUCAUGAACACAUGCCUCUGAACUGCACACGUUUGGAAAGCUUAGUAUAAGUGUAUAAUAUGAUGAUGUAAUGACAGGAACGGAAGAUCCCCCAGCACAUACUGUAAAAACACACACACACACACAUUUCACAGCACAUUCACAGAGAGUGAAUUACUGACAGCACAGACACUGUUAUUGUUAUGGUUUUUUUUUGAGUAUAAAAUGUGAAAUUUAUUGUAGAAGUAGCACACUUUCACUUCACUGAUAUCACACUUUCAGGGAGGGUUGCCACGCUCACAUCCAGACAAACCUAAAACCGGAUAAAACACAAUAUGAUGUGGUUUCGGCCACCAGAGCUCACGACUGUUUCUACAAACCCUAGAUGCUGCAGCAGUGGGACAAGAAACACACACACACACACAUAUAUGCCAGAAUGUUGUCAGCCGUCAUGAUAUGAACAUGUUUGUGUGGACUCAUGGCUGUUCAUCUUUUAUAGCGUAUGUGAGUGGGAGGUGAGACUCCUGUGACGUCGGUGAGGAGUUAGAUUUUUUCUGUGUCUUUAUGUUUCCUUUUCAUUUGUGCCAAACGGCAACCUUGCCUUGAAGAUGUUCACUUCAGACACCCAAACACACGCCACUUCAAGUUAACACCUUAACAAAAAAAAAAAAACCUUGACCUUUAGUGUCAUUCAUUCUGCGGCUCUCCAGCUGCAGAGUGUGCAAAGUGUGCUCCAAGUACAACGCGGGGCCCCGUCUGCUGUGCUCGCUGCACAGACGGAUGAAUACCGUACACACACACUAAAUUAAAGACACUACAUUUAGAAAUGUAACCACUGACACCUGCAGUCAGAUGUUUUGACUUUGUGAUCUCCAGGAAAGAAAAAAAAAGGAACAAAAAAAAAACAACAAACCUCUCCAUUAAGGAGACAAUGCAGACCAUAGUGUCAACAAUAAGGAUUGAGUGUUGGACCGCUGUUUCGUUCAAACUCGCAGUUUUAGAAGCAUGAAUAAAAUAAUGAUUCUUUCUUUGCACCACUAUCUUGAAAGCAUGAUAUUUUGAAGUGCCUCCUUGCACUUUUUGUAUAUAUUGUAGGUAACAAGACUGUUUUUUUUUCCUUUUUUUUGUUUUCUCUUUGGGGUGGGCGGGGAUGUUGAAAUGGUAUGUAGGAAUAUAGUUUCAUUACUGUGACAUUUUCAAUGUAAUCCUCUAGUAAAAUAAAUAAAUAAAGAAAGAUCAUCCGUGUCCUGAGUAAAACUAGAUUAGAUGGAAUGUAUAGGGAGGAAACUGUGUAAUAAAUUGCUUGUUCUUUUUUUUUAUUAUUAUUAUUAUUCUCUAAUAGCUGUUAACUAGUCGUUUUACUUACCUGUCACACACCAAUAUAUACAUUUUUUUUUUGUAUCUAAUGUAAGCGUUUUGAAUGUUCGUUCCAUGAAGAUAUAAGCGGUGUUGCGUUCAUUUUCAUUGUACCUAAAUAAAAUGUGUAAUUGUUCUGUUCAGUGGCGACGCAGAAUUUUCCAGAGUUACAGUAUAAUGCUGACGUAAUCACUGCUUGCAUGACGAAGAGAGGGAUGAAUGAAGGAGGCGGAUUGAGAGUGAGGAAGAAGAGAGAAAAAGAAAGGAAGAAAGAAGGGAGGUUUCUGCUUUGACAGAGGAGGCCAACAUGACUUAUUUUGUGUGGGAUUUACUGCGAUAAAGGGUGAUGAACGCGGUCAAAUUUGCCCAGGACGUAGAGCAGAGUGAGGACUCAGACAUAAAUGACUGUAGAAGUUGAUCUUGAGUGAAAGAGCCUGUUACAGUUUAAAGCAACACUCCUCAGGUGACUCAUCUGAACCAUUUCGUCUUUUAAAACGUGACUUUAGUCUCAGGCGUCAUUCUGUAAACCCACUGCAUGUGCAGUUAAAGCUGCGAGACUCAGACAUACAUGAGAACUCUCCACAUGCCACGUUAUCCCUUAAUGAGACGCUCAGCGGUCGAAUCCCACGCGACAAACUGUCUUUACUCCUCAUGCUUUUUUUUUUUUGUUCGCUUUCCAUACAGAAACUAUAUGCACACACAAAUGCCUGGAAACUUACUGAGUUCAGUUGUACUAUACUGAUUCAACAGAUAUCGACUGACACCGUAUUCAAACGACUGAAUAAGAGUCGGCAUCAUAUCUUUUCUACUGAAAAUGUGUCUCUUUUGGAGAAACUCCCUCAAUACAGCUGAUAACCUUGUUUCACUCCUGCCGACAACAUGCUGUCCCAAUCUUACUUUUCUAGGCCUUCCUUCUUUGUAGAGUUGUUGUAAUUCUGAUGUAAAGGCAGAUCGUAUGUGUGGGAGAGAUAUACUACAUAGAAACAAAAAGACAAAAAAAAAACAAAUGAAUUAUUUCCUCGGUCUAUGGUAUACACAAAAAAAAAUCUGUUUCUACAUAUCAAGUGUUGUACCUUUGGUGUACAUAUACAAAUAUAACUAAUAAAUGUUGAUUCAUAACUAA